AUGGGGAGAGUGGUGGAGGAGUUUGUCAUGGAACAACCUAUUCCCCCGUACCUUUUCGCUUUUGCGGUGGGUGAGUUGGGUUUCAGGGAAGUGGGGCCCAGAACGAGGGUUUAUGCGGAGUCUGUGGCUGGAAAGUUGGACGCGGCGGCGACGGAGUUUGCCGGGAUGGAGGAUAUGAUUAGGGUCGGAGAGAGGUUGUUUGGGGCGUAUGAGUGGGAGAGGUUUGAUUUGUUGUUGUUGCCGCCGAGUUUUCCGUACGGUGGGAUGCGAAUCCGAGGAUGGUGUUCUUGA